AUGCAGCCGAUUAUAUUACUCGUCAUCUUGUCGAUUGUUAUUAUUGUCGAGUUUGUCAUGCGUCGCACGGGUGUACUCCACAAAAUUCCCAUCAUCAAGCGUCAUAUCAACCCUUCGGCUGACGAGUUCCGUAACCGUCAGUUUUCAGCGUUUAUCAAGGUAUGCAUGAACAGUUACGGUCCGUUCAUCACCGAGGUGUUGCUCAUCCUAUUCUGCAUCGACGUAGGCUCGUACAAACUGCUCAAUGCCAAUCCUGCAGUCCAAUGCAACGGCAACGAGUAUGUGGACUCUGUGCGUGUCACCUAUGGUCUCUUCCCCAUCAUCUUUGGGUUCCCAUUACUCAUCUUUGUGUUGUUGUUCCGCUCACGUAAACGUAUGAAUGAAAAGAAUGUCAUCCGUCGUCUAGGUGUCUUCUUUCUCAAGUACAAAGACUCGUUUUACUUUUGGGACGUGUUUUUGCUUAUCAAGCGUCUCGCCAUUGCCGCACUCUCACUCAUCCAGUAUGACUCGCCCGCACGUUCCAUCUCGCUUGUCGUCGUCACGUUUGGCUCGCUCGUCCUCCAACUCAUCUACCGUCCCUUCCUCAGUGACAUGGAUAAUAACCUCGAAACCGUCUCGCUCACCCUUCUCUUUAUCAGCUGUAUCUACCUCGACAAUGACCUCUACCUCGAGACCGAGCAGUACCUGCUCAUCAUCUCGGUGGUCGUCUUUGGCUUGGCCGCCGUCCGAUUCCAAGGCCAAUACUUUUUGAAUGAAAUCCGUACCGUCAUCCGUCCAAUCCUCGACAAGAUCAACGCCAUGAUGAACAAUGACGAAGAAGAUGGUGCCGACCAAACACACAAAGAAAAGGAUGUUAUUGGUAAAGUCGAUCAAAAAUCUCGUAAUAUUCCAUCAUUUAGUGCUAGUUCACAUCAUUCUCCUUCCGGUGCUGGUUCAUCUUCUCCAUUCCACAAUUCACACUCUUCAAGUAGAGGAAAUAUUAAUCGUAAUGGAUAUACUAUGAUUUCAAGUGGAGAAGAUGAUGAUGAAGAUUAUGAUGAAGAUGAUGAUGAAGAUGACGAUGACAAUAAUAAUAAUAAUAAUAAUAAUAAUAAUAAUCGUCAAUAUGAAGAAUAUAGUUAUAAUAGUACAACAAGACAUUCUAAAAAAUAUAUUUUUCAAGAUCCAGAGAAUAGACAAACGAUUGUCAAGGAUCAAGGAUGUUUGCCGGCACUCGUCAUGUUCAUGUCAAAUGACAAUGAGGAUGUGUCUGCAUUGUGUCUCGAAACACUUUUGUUGUUGGCACAAACCGAACAGAAUGUGCAGGCCAUGUCGAGUGAACCUGGUUUGGUCAGCGGAUUACAAAAGAUGACAGGCAAACAACAACAGGUGGCACAACGUAUCGUCGGGUACUUGGAGCAACCCAAAAAACAAUCUACCACAUCCUUUUCCAUGUUGGUCGGCGAACGUGUACCCAUUGCACUCAAACAAUCUAGACCAUCUCCAUCAGUCAGCAGUGCCAACACACCACCCAACAUCACCACAACUGUACCCAACCCAACUGUCCAAAGUAACAACAGUAAACAAAUAGACGAUAUAUCACAAAUCAUGGGACAGAGAGUUGGUAUGAAUAAUGAAGCCACCAAGAAACAGGUUGAAGAGUGUUUGUUGCAUACCAAAGGUGUCAUAUCGUUUAUGAUCGACCUUCAUUCGUACCAAGCUACCAUCAGAUGUACCAUAACACCCGACCAGGUCAAGACAGCUAUCCGUAACACUCUCGGACUCUCCGCCUCGCUCAUGAUCGAUGGCCAAGAAGAAGUCAACCAGAUGCCAGACUACCUUGAUGAAAUCAAUCCAAACCUCACUACACCAAGCAAAAAGCCUGCAUGGGGCUGGAACUCGAUCGUCUCAUUUGGCAGUAUGACCCAAGACAAGGCCACCGACAAGAACAAUGGUAAUUGGGGUUGGGGAAGUAUUUCUAAAGCACUUUUUGGUUAA